CGCCAGCAGCGGCAGCCGCGUUCCCCUCCCCGACCGGCAGAAUCCGGUCCACGCCCCCCCGCCUUAAAACGCCCACCAUUCAUCCGUUUCCCACUGUCCGUCCCCGCGGCCUCUGCUCUGCUCCCCGUACCUCUGACCUCCUCCUCUGCUCUGCUCCCCGCGCCCCGGGUCGAGCCCCGCCGCGAGGGAGAGCGAGCCGCGAGCGCGAGCGCGAGCGCAGGAGGAAGAGGGAGAGGGAGAGGGAGAGGAGAGGGAUCUCCGGCAUGGGGAUCGUGGAGGAGGCGCACAACCUGCGGGUGGUGGGGGAGGGGAAGCGCGGGGUGAUCGUGCUGGCGCACGGCUUCGGCACGGACCAGUCCGUGUGGAAGCACCUGGUGCCGCACCUCGUCGCCGACUACCGCGUCGUGCUCUUCGACACCAUGGGCGCGGGGCCCACCAACCCGGACUACUUCGACUUCGCCCGCUACGCCACGCUCGAGGGCUACGCGCUCGACCUCCUCGCCAUCCUCCAGGAGCUCGGCGUCGAGUCCUGCAUCUACGUCGGCCACUCCGUCUCCGCCGUCAUCGGCGCGCUCGCCUCCAUCUCCAGGCCCGACCUCUUCAGCAAACUCGUGCUGCUCUCCGCGUCCCCCAGGUACCUGAAUGAUGUGGACUAUUAUGGAGGCUUUGAGCAAGAUGAGCUUGAUGAACUCUUUGAGGCCAUGCGAUCAAACUACAAGGCCUGGUGCUCAGGUUUUGCACCACUGUGUGUUGGAGGAGACAUGGAAUCCGUGGCAGUUCAGGAGUUUAGCCGGACACUAUUCAACAUACGUCCAGACAUUGCACUUAGUGUUGCCCAGACGAUAUUCCAGAGCGACGUGCGCAGCCUCCUCCCGCUCGUUAGUGUCCCAUGCCACAUCGUUCAGAGCACCAAGGAUCUUGCAGUGCCAGUCGUUGUGUCUGAGUACCUGCACAAGCACCUCGGCGGUGAUUCUAUUGUCGAGGUAAUGCCAUCUGAAGGCCAUCUUCCCCAGCUAAGCUCUCCAGACAUUGUUAUCCCUGUCUUGCUCCGGCACAUUCAGCAUGAUAUUGCAGUCUAGGUUGGACGACAAUUCCUCCAAGAUGAUGGGCAUCCGAAGCUGUCUACUGUCAGUGUUUGUAUCCCCCUUAAUUUUCAACAUAGGAUUGCAUCUGCUGAUGUUCUAAUAAGAUUUCCAUGUUGUUAUUGGUGGUGGAAAUUGUAGUAUAUAUGUCUGUGUAAUCCAUUGGCCGUCUAAUGUAGGCUACCAUGUUGGGGGAUGCUCUGACAUCUUUUAAGUCCUUCAGAGUUCAGAAACUCAUUCAUGUCAUUUUGUGGUUUUCCCAUGAAAUUGAAACUGCUACCCGAUUGUAUAUGUUGGCGUCCAUGGCCAUUUUAGACUGAAGGUGAAGGAUGUAA